AUCUUGGUGGCUCCAUAACAACUCCAGAUGUUAAGCUAAAUCUUGGAGGAGAAUUCAUCAAGGAAUCUACUGCAACUACAUUCCUAAGACAGAGAGGGUAUGGCUGGCUUCUGGAAGUGGAAGAUGAUGACCCGGAAGAUAACAAGCCACUCCUGGAAGAACUCGACAUUGAUCUGAAGGAUAUUUACUACAAAAUUCGAUGUGUGUUGAUGCCUAUGCCAUCUCUUGGGUUUAACAGGCAGGUAGUGAGAGAUAAUCCAGACUUUUGGGGUCCUCUGGCAGUUGUCCUCUUCUUCUCAAUGAUUUCAUUAUAUGGACAGUUUAAGGUUGUUUCUUGGAUUAUAACUAUUUGGAUAUUUGGAUCCUUGACAAUUUUUUUACUGGCCAGGGUUCUUGGAGGAGAAGUUGCUUAUGGCCAAGUGCUUGGAGUCAUAGGAUAUUCGCUACUUCCCCUCAUUGUCAUAGCGCCCGUACUUUUGGUGGUUGGAUCUUUUGAAGUUGUUUCUACCCUAAUAAAAUUGUUUGGAGUCUUCUGGGCUGCAUACAGUGCUGCGUCAUUACUCGUUGGAGAAGAAUUCAAGACCAAGAAACCCCUUCUAAUUUAUCCAAUCUUUUUAUUAUACAUAUAUUUUCUGUCCUUGUACACCGGGGUGUGAUCUAGUGCAAGAUGUGGCCAGAAACCUUAUUUUAGUCACUUGCAGACUGAUCAUGGUAAGGUUAAGGCGGCUGGAGAGAAUACAAGUGACGGUUUUGUAUCCAGUUGUCCAGAUGUUUUAAGAUCGAAGAGCAUAUUUGUGUAUAUUAUUUAAUGAAACAAUUGUAGCUAUAUAGAUUUGUAUCAAAGUUCUAGGUUUGUUUAAGACUCUUCAGAUUUUAACGAACAAAAUAAAAGAACGCUGUGUUUUAUAAGAAGGUGUAGCAAAACCACAACUCUGUACCUGUGCCAAAAGCACUAGGACCAGAUUACUCUAUUGGAGGAGAAAAAUGAGAAGUUACCUGUAACAAUCUCAAAAGUGCAAUUUUUCUUUUCAGCUUAAACACAGCUGGCUUUUUUGGCACAGCAAAUUCUGUAGAUAAUAUAUAUUUAUGAAGCAGUCCUGAUUGUUCACAGAAUAGUCUGUAUAAUCCAGACACGAAGAUACUACUUUUAAUUUUUAGUGCCUCGAUUACUUUGAUUUGGCUGUUCAGUUUUUAUAAAUUCCAGUUUGUUUUCAAAACAUGUAUAUACUGUGUAUUUUGUAUCUAUGGCUUGUGUGUAGCGUAAAUACUCCUUGGUUAAGGAUGUAUAUUGGGUUUUUAAAAAUUGAAGAUACAAGUAUUUGAAGUCUUCAUUUACUAUCUCCGACCAAAGGAGCAAGUUAUUUCCUGUGUGACAUAAUUAAUUAAAUUGCAUAUUUAGAGAAACAAAUUAUUUUACUUAAAAGUAUAAACUUACAGAGAAAUGGGUGAACACCUUUCUCAACUGUAGUGCUGGUUUAAUGUUGGGGGGAAAAAAAAAGAUGAUCUAUCAAAUUUGUGUGAUCUUUAAAAAAAUGUUAUUUUAUGAUGAUAAAAUAAAAACAAUGCUUCCCUAA